AUGCAGAUGAAGUCUCUUGCAGAGCCCGAAGAUAUCAAUCAACUCCAGUCGAAAGCAAAGAUUAAGCCAAGAGUUUUCAAAGGAAAGAAAGGGUUACAAUCUGGCAAGAAAGUUUCAUGUAAAUUUUGUGGCUACGAACACGCGCCAGACAAAAAGAAAUGCCCGGCAUGGGGAAAAACUUGUAAUCGAUGCAAAGAAAGAAACCAUUUUGCUAAGAAAUGCAAGAAAACCUCAGUUUACAGUAUCGAGAGUGAAGACGAGUACGAGGAAAUCAGCAUGGUCAAAGUCCAAGCAGUGCGAGAAAAGGCUGUGUUCGUGAAAAUGCACAUCAAUAACAAAGCUAUAAAGUUUCAGAUCGACUGUGGUGCAAGUGCUAAUGUAUUACCGCUCAAGUUUGCCAAAGAUGUCGAGCUUACUCUGUGUACCAAGACACUUGUGAUGUGGAAUGGCACAAAGGUCAAACCCUUGGGAUCUUGUACCCUACCGGUGAUUAACCCAAAGAAUGACGUAAAGUAUCAAGUGAAAUUUCUGGUCGUCGAAGAGAAUUGGACACCGUUAUUGGGUUUGAAUGCGGGACAGAAGAUGAAAUUGCCAACAGUUCACAGUGAAAACUUUGUCAAUGUCGUGGAGAAAUGUGACAAUGAUCCUGUAAACAAGUAUCCAGAUGAUUUUGAUGAAAAUCUUGGGACACUGUCCGGCAAGGUUCAUCUGCAAGUAGAUGCCACUUGCAAACCUGUGGUGUUACCCGCAAGGAAAAUACCUGUGGCUGUUAGAGAAAAGUUCAAGAAUGAACUGAAAAGAUUAGAAGACUUAAAAGUCAUAGCCCCUGUGGACAAACCAACGGAAUGGGUUAGCCAAAUCAUCGUCGCCAUGAAGAAAUCAGGUUCGUUGCAGAUUUGUAUCGUCCAAAACCCUUGAAGCUGCUUUGAAGAGGGAACAUUAUCAAAUCCCUGUGAUUGAUGAUCUAUUACCAGAUCUGACAGAUGCAUGUGUGUGUGUUUACUGAAGUGGAUCUAGCUUCAGCUUUCUGGCAUCUCGAACUGGAUGAAGAGUCCAGUGUCCUGACAACUUUUGCAACUCCUUAUGGUCGCUUCAAAUGGCUUUGUCUUCCAUUUGGUCUUAAUGUCUCGAGCGAGAUAUUCCAGAAGCGUCUAAAUCAAGAGUCAGAAGGCCUUCCUGGCGUCAAGUGUAUCGCUGACGAUGUGUUGAUUUAUGGUACUAGUGAAGCUGAUCAUGACAAGAACUUAGCCAACUUUAUGUGUACAUGUCAACACAAGGGCAUAAAGUUAAAUCCCCAGAAGCUAGAAUUCAAGUGCAAAGAAGUUCCAUUUCAUGGACAUUUGCUGACCACCGAGGGAUUGAAACCAGACCCAGAGAAAAUUAGAGCAGUAAGAGAAAUGCCGCGUCCAGAAAACCAAGAAGAUGUGUUACGCCUAAAUGGGAUGGUAGCCUAUCUUAGUCGUUUCCUGCCUCAUUUGUCUGAUGCGAUGAAAGCCUUGCGAGAUCUUACCCAUAAAGAUGUUGUGUGGAGUUGGAGUGAUGCUCACGAGAAAGCACGGAAUAACGUGAAGAAGCUUAUCUCAGCUGCACCAGUCUUGGCAUACUACCAACCUGCAGAACAAUUGGAAAUUCAAUGUGAUAGCAGCUAA